GGCGCCCUUAGCAUUGGCCUAUGCUGCCUAUGCCACGGACCGGCCCUGACACACCGCGCCCUGUUCGCUGCCAGCUGUGAGAACAGAAAGUGAAAGACACUGUUUAGGGACAUAGCCAGACUUUCAUUUCGGUGUCUGAGUAAGGGAAUGGACAUUUCGUGAAACAACUUAAAGUUUUCAUCGAAAUCGCAAAUGAAUUGAUUGAUUGAUUGUUAUCGAUCGUUUGUCUGUUUGAUCGGCGGUUUUAUUUUACAGUGUGGUUUCGUCUUGGCAUGGAAAAUGAACAGCAGUUGGACUAUUUGCAGGUGGCUUCAGGCUGUGGGAAUCAUUAUAAGUGGCAGCUGUCAUUUGGACAAGAGUGGCUGACCAUUGAUAAUGACCAUGUGAUUGAGACCCAUUACUGCCAACCUGGGGCUAAAGGAAUCACCAUCAAUACCAGCAAUGGCCAGGUGUUCAUAGACUUUGAUACGUUACAAACAACGAAAACGGGUGUGCAGGUUAGAAGACUCAGCUUCCUACCUCAGGGCCAGAGGGAGGAGGUGGCCUGGUACUUCAGAGAUGACAGCCUGUGGCGUGAAUAUGGAUCUCAGGGCUCCGGCAUGUUGGCCUCAUCAGUCAGCAGUCGAGAUGUUGAGGAUCAGUACACUCUCAGCCCUCAGGGAGCCUUUGUAUUCAUGGUGGGCUUUACAAACUACAGCCUCAACUUUUCCACCAUGACCCAAACAAACUAUAUCACAGGUUUAAGCAGAAAUGUACGCAGACGUCCAAAAUUCACUUCCAGCACAGUGAGCCCUAACUCAGUUCCAUCCAUGGCUUCUUCAUCCCAGCAUGCUGUUGGUGGUUACAAGUGGGAGUUCAUGGGAAAUGAGGGUGAAUGGACAGAAUACCAAGCACAUUUAUGUUCAUUUGACAGCCCUGCUAUCGAGAGUCAAUACCAGCUGAACCCUCAGGGACAGCUGAACUUCAAUACCAGUUAUUUCUCGUACACGCUGGAUUUCUCAAGAAUGUGUCAAGUCAAUAACCGUAUCGGGACUACAAGAGCAGUGAGGAGGACUUUCAUCAAUGGGAGUCAACAAAGCAGCAGUUUGAGCUCAACGCCGCGAUGGCAAUUCCUAGAUAUCGGUGGAAUAUGGAGAGACUAUUCUAGUAGCAAGUGCACCAUUUCCAGUCAGGACAUUGAGCUCCAGUACCAACAGAACCCAACUGGUACUAUGAGAUUCAACACUCCGAGCUUCACAUAUGAGCUGAACUUCUCAGCCAUGACUCAGAAAAACCUGGCCACAAACACCACCAGACGAGUGCAACGAAUUUAACCAGUGACUGUGGGACGACAGAUUUGGAUGCCGGAGGUGACGUCCACAUUGGUUCUGCCAGUUACAUCCCUGCCCGUCUCAGGUCGUCUCUCAUGUUGGAAUGAUUCACUGCCGUUUUUUUCACAAGCUGCCACCUCUUUGGUGUGUGGAUGACUUCACACAACUACAUGGGAUAUUUAAUAUUGUAUAAGAUAUGAAGGAAGAUGUAAUAUGCUUCAUAUGAAUAGAGUCUAUGAGAAGAGUGCACUUUGUCCUUUUCUGAAACAUCAGCACUUGAAUAUUGAAUAUAUAAAUGUUUUUACAAAGACUUUAACCUAAAAUCAAAAGGAUGUUACUAUUGUUUCUAAUGAUCCCGCCUUAUUUUAUGCUUAGACCUUAAAUUGUUCAUGAAUACUGCCUUGUAAUAAGGGUGAAAGUUUACCUUUUGAGAAGAUACUUAACAUGAAACCAAAGGAAAAUGAUUUUUUCUUCUAUGCAAUGUUAAACUGUGCAUGUAAAUCUUAAAUUAUUAAUACUGAAUACUGCUGUUUCAGCUUCAUUUUUACUUCCUAAAGUUACCUGUACUCUAGUAUCUGAAGUAUGGUUUGAAAGCCAUCAUACAAAUAACAAUCACCCUUUGUGAAUAUCGGAUUGUGCACUUUCCUUUACUGUGUAUGUACAGAUUUUCAGUGAACCACCUUAACACAUAAAACAAGGCCCACACUAUACAUAUAUAUGACUGCAGUAGUAUACAAGUAAUGCUGUAGAAGAAUAAGCUUUAGUUUUCAGUUUUGGGGUUCUGCCAGGAUAUGUGACACAGGCUCCAAAGGUCAAACCCGCUAUGUGAUAAAAUCAAAACUGCCACAUACAAUAAACUCAAUCCAAAAAUGAAAAAGAUCCAAUCACAGAAACGUUUGUAGUCAUGUAUGGUAAAAUGUGGGAAUAAACAGAACCUCAGGACCCAAAUAAUGCUGCCAAACUGACAGAAAGCCUGCCAGGUAUGGGUGACAAUAUUAUACAGAACAAACAAUCCAGUAAAAAUGUUACACUUCAGAAUGUUAACAAUCAUGAUCCAUCUAAAAACCCCAAAAUGGUGUAAAUUGCUUCAAAAAUGUUUAGCAGAUUAGAAAAUCUGGCAGGCCUUUUAUUGUAGGUCAACGGAAAGAAGGUAUGGACACAAGCUGAAAGCUGCUUGAGACAAACAGUGUGCACCUUCAACAACCAGUAAGGAUUAUUGCACACGACUCAUCUAAGGCCUCUUAACCUUUAUGACAACAGUGCAGUCCAUUUUUAUAUCACUAUAAAUUUACAGUUCAUAUGUUGCCAGUACAAUCCUCUAACAGUGGAAAAGUGCUGAAAUCAAAAUAUAUAGUACAAACUCAACAGGAAUGGUUUGAGCUGCUUAAAAAUCUCAUCACUGCAAAUCCAGCUGGAUGUGUGAAAUAAAAUGCACUGGUCACUAGAAUCAUUAGGAAUCAUCAUUAGAAAAAAAUGCUAAAAUCAGACUUUAGUUCCUUUGU